AUGUCGACUUCCAUCCGAGACGGUGGAAUAGGAGCAGCAGUAGGAGUCAUUAUUGGCAUACUGCUGGGUGCGGCUUCUGUCUGGUUUUACUUUGUAAAGCAAAGACAGGCCCAGAUUGUGCCUCUUGAGGUCACUACGUUCCGUGAGCGCAUUGAGCAGGAGCUCAAAAUUCAGGCUGAGCCUCCCAGGAAGAUGAAGCAGGUAGUGAGCGGGCUCGAAUUAAGUUGUAAAGAGGACGGGUCUCUCCGGUUAGCCCUCGGAAUGGCAUGCGUGCCUUUCGCAAACAAUGCUCCGACCUUCUACCACACGGAAAAGCUCUCAGAGGUCCCCGACGCUUUUGAAGAGUCUCUCAGGCGUCUUUGUCUAGACGAAGUACUUACUGAAACCCUCAAGGACCUACUCCUUGACCCCAAGACUCGCCUUUUUGCAAUUGUUCAUUUGCAAGUGCGUGUGGUAUUCUCCAACCUGGAUAUUCACACCAUCGGCCCUCUCUCUCUUCUUCCCUCUUUCGUCACCGGGUUCAUUCAGUCUCUCCCCCUUUCAACUAAAUCAUACACUGGCCAGAGCAAAAAACACGGCCUUUGUCCAUUAACACUCUGGAGAAUAUUGACUGUAUACUCCAUGACUACGGACAAAAUUAUUGGUCCCGGACCGGCCAUUAAGCCAGCAAAGAACCUUGAGCCGCAGAUCAAGAGAGUCGUCAAUGCACUCGCAGAUGUCUUGGAUGUUUUCGCCAAAGAACAUGACGGCAAGGGUCCCACGCAUCGGGAGGAAAUUGACCUUGCAGUUCGCGACGCUCUCGGGGUUGGCUAUGAGAUAUUUUCUCAUAGGUUUGAAUGGCAGUAUUCAUGGGACCCAGAACCUACACGAGACGGAAUCACUAUAACACCAGGCCUGCUCCAACUCUGCGACCAAGAUGGUAUGUCGCUCUGGGAACCAGAAUUGAUGGAGGGCCUCCCAGACCUUAGAAUACCGGGAAAGCACCCUUUGUGA